CUAUCAACAAAAGUAUAUCGCCGGCGGGUGAUUUCCAUCUGAUAUUGCGUUCAUUCAUUGACCUUCCCUUUAAAGUGUGACUGACUCUUGAUAUUUGCAUUAAAAUCAUGGAUUUCACUGAUUUCCUAGUGAGGAAUUGUCCCAAGAGUGCCAUGUACAUCCCCAACUUCAUCACAUCCGACGAGGAGCAGAGGAUACUCAAGCAGGUGGAAAAUGCCCCGAAGCCGAAGUGGACACAGCUAUCCCACCGUCGUCUCAUCAACUAUGGUGGCGUUCCCCAUCCAAACGGGAUGAUUGCCGAGGAGAUUCCUAGCUGGUUGCAGGUCUUCGUCGAUAAAGUUAACAAUUUAGGAAUUUUUGAGUCCCACAAAGCAAAUCACGUCCUAGUCAACGAAUACCAAUCCGGCCAGGGAAUAAUGCCUCACACAGACGGGCCACUCUUCUACCCGACCAUCAGCACAAUAUCAUGUGGAUCCCACACAGUUCUCGAGUUCUACAAGCCGGAAAUCGAGAGCGCAGAAAACGAGGAGUCCAAUUCGAGUCCGAACCAAAGCCAGCUCAGUGAGAAGUACAAACGCCAACUCUGCUGCAAGCUGCUCAUCGAACCCAGGAGCCUUCUGAUUCUCAAGGACUCGCUCUAUCACGACUAUUUGCAUUCCAUUUCAGAGAUCAAAGAGGACUUGGUGUGCGAUAACGUCUGCAACCUGGCCAAUUGCGCGGUUCCUUACAAGUUUGGCGACAGAUUACAACGAAAGACGCGGAUCUCUCUGACGAUUCGACACGUCCCAAAGACAACGAGGAUGAAGCUUAAAUUCUUCACUUAGACAACAGGAUUCACGGCAACAACGACAUCAUCUACACACACAACUGGAUUUUGAAAUGAAUGAAGGAACCAUGAUGGAAGCAACGAGUCGUAGUCCAAUUUUUUGAGAUUUAAAAGAAUGAAAGCAAUCGGGGGAGUUAAUAUUUAUUCAUAUUUGAAUACUGAGCACAAUGUAGCCGUUAAGGAUCAGGUUCGAUUUCUGUAUAAGAUAGUCUGUAAGUGAACGUUACUUUUGAAGUGACCUUUAUGCCGGGUUGUUGUCUUGCUUUUUCUGGAUGUAUUUUGCAGGGAAACUGUGUAUAGAUAUCAUACAAGUGUUUGCCAUUAACGUAAAUUCGGUAGCUACGGAACAUUGUUAAGAUUUUUCCUAUCCUCGAAAGAUACAUGACUCACAUAAAUGGAUACCUGCAUCUUCCGGAGGAGUAAUGCUAUUCCGCUCCAAAGCUACUAUCAUUCCUAUUAUAAAGCUUGUAAUAUUUCCACGUGGAACCACUUAAGUCGCCAAUAGAAGCAAUAUAAACGAAACACCAAGCAUUUCGCUAGUAAGUUUGGAUAUUGCCUUCUAGACGUUCUGAUGUGUCGUAAACUUCAUAGGUUAAUCGCAUUCGCAUACUUAUAACGUAAAGAUUACGCUUUACAAUCACUAAUAACAAAUUUUCCAUUGCCAGGAUAGGCAUAUAACGAAGAAAUCCAAACAUCGACAAAUCCUCAACGAAAGGCAAUGCAACUGGCCGAGUUCCUGCUUUAAGUGUUUCCAUCUUAGAAUUUAUAGGGCAUUCUGUGCGUUACCCACCAAUCAAUCAUUAAAAUUAUCCUUAAUGUAAGCAUAAA